AGUCAUUGUGUGAGUGAUUUUUUUUUCUUUUAUAUGAUUCUAAAUUAUCAUCGAAUUAGAUCUGCCCAUAGAGUUGGAUAAAGCCAACUUACAGAGCCUCCUUUCAUAAAUGAAAUGUAUUCUAUGGAACGCUCACUACCUCAUCAAUCCUUGCAUCAUGUACCGCCUUGAUUACCGCAUUGACAGCCCUGUAUACUGUAUGAUCAGUGCAAGACCUGGAAGGGGCCGGGAGGCGAAGAGACACAUGUGGACAGGAUCUGAUUAGCUGGUGUGGCAGUGUGUACUGUCUGUUAUUUGCCUCCUUUGGGAACCAAUUAAAUUAAGUAGGCCUGAAUUUGCUGAAAGGUUCUUGACUAGAAAUAGAAUAGAUCUACAGAUGAUCAUCACUUCAUCAGAGAAACAGACAAACAAAGCAGAAGCAAGGGACCAAGUCAAGUUUGGGGACCAUGGCAUGACAUGAAAAUAGGAAUUUGGUUUUUGAAUUGUUAUUUCAAAAAUUCAAGUUAAGUGAAGUCUGAAGUCAGUGAAGACAGCAUUUUAUAUACCAAAAAUUGUAGACCUGCAUCGUAAAUGAUCUAUUGAUUGAAUUGUUAGGCCCUGGCUUAGAGUCCAUCCACCCUAGAAUCCUGAACUUGGAACUGGAACUAAGUGUCUUCUUUUUAUUUGUAAAAUAGUUUUUAGAGUUUUCUUUUAUUUUUAGCCAGAGAGAGCUACACCACCCCCACAGACUGAUUUUUUUUAAAGAUUCUUCUAAUUUUCUAAAGACAAAAGGUGGUCAGCAUGUCAUCAAUGAAUUUAUGGCGUAGACUAUUUGGGAAAACACUACCUAUGAAAGCAGUGAACGUUUUUGGUAGACUAGAGAAAGACCUUGCAGCUGGAAAUAAAUUUCAGAAUAUUCAGUCAAAUGCACUCCAAUUCAUCAGAUAUCAUCAUGGAAUAGUCUUUCCACUGAGGAGACCAUGGCAUUCAAAAGGACAGUCGAAAAAUACGAGCAGAACUGUGCACUAUCUCUAUUAUCAAAAUCCAUUACACGUGGCCGGGAGAUCUACAUCAAUAUUGGCUGAUAGGUGCUCAAAAGGUCUACGGUUUAAAUCUUCUGAUGCCUGGUUGGAGAAACCUGUCGUAUUCAGGACAACCUCUCCAACCUCCUCCUCCACCAUCAAAGAGAGAGGGGAGAGGAAUAGUAGGAAGGUGUCCAAGGUGCCACGCCCAAGAACCAAAAAACCAUCAAGGUUCGACAAAGCAGCAGAGAGGAAUGCUUAUCUAUGUACAGCAUUUACUACAGCAGAAGAAUACAAUUUGGAACAUCUGAGUUACGACCUGCAGAUACAGAACAACAAGUUUGUUCUUGCUGAAAUGCCACAAGAUGCCCAUGACAUCCUUCAUGUGCAGUUAUCAGAUGACUACUACAAGGGGCAGGAGGUUGAUGAGCCGGGUGAAAUGUUCUUCUUCAGGGAAGGGUCAGUUGUCUUCUGGAAUGUUCCAGAUCCAGAGAUCAAACUAGUAAUGAGGAUUGUGGGUCGUCAUCAACACCAACCCUACGAGGUAGCACUGGUAAACUGGGAGAAUGAACAAAUGAACUUUGGUUAUCAUGAUUCAGCCACCAGUCUUGUGAAGGGAGAUAUACAGUUAGAUAGCUCAAGGUCAACAACUGAGACAGCACUGGAGAAGUUUGCCUUCUCCAAUGCCAUGGCAUUAUCAGUAAAGCUGGCUAUUUGGGAAUACUCUCUGGAUCAGUUUGUGGCUUCCAUUGAAAACAUUCCUGAUAACAUGAAGCUUGGCAAGGGGGUUAAGCUGUCUCGUGAAGAAGUAAUGAAGAAGACUGGUGAGCUAUUUGGUCUUCGUCAUCGUAUCAACCUCUCCUCUGAUCUCCUGAUCUCACCAGACUUCUACUGGGAUAGGGAAGAACUUGAACUUAUCUACAACAAGAUGUGCCAGUUUCUCAGUAUAUCAAGGAGAACAAAUGUAAUGAAUGAAAAGUUGAACCAUUGCACAGAGUUGGUAGAUUUAAUGAGAUCCCAUCUAGAAGAUAGACACUCACAUCGAUUGGAAUGGAUGAUCAUAGUUCUCAUCAUGGUUGAGGUUGCUUUUGAAGUCAUUCACUACAUCAGGCAGUAUAAGGCAGAUCAUGCAGAAAGUGAAGCAAGCCCAUCACAAUGACACACACACACAUUGAAAGUAAAUUAGCCUUUAUAUCAAUCUAUAAACAGUAUAAAUGGCCAUUUGGCUCUCCUGGGACCUGUUGUACAAAGAGUUGCGAUUGCCUUGUACACAUAUUAUCUAAAACCACUCAGUCUACCUGACAAAAUGUGAUGUUAAAGUGAAACGUCGGUUCCGGUCAUGAGAUUGAAUUAUGGAAGAAGCAGGCCCAAAGUGAUUGGGAGUAUUGAUAAUAAUGCUCUGAAGAGUAUAUAUGCUAAAGAUUGAGGAAUCACCAAAUUUAUAUAAGACAUUGACUUGGGUUAACUGAGAGCUGCAUACAAAAAUCCAUGAAUUAGACUGCACACAGUAUUUGGGCUAGAAAAUCUCAGUGGCUUUUAGUCAUGGCUAAAUUGUAAGGGCAUCUGGGAAGCAAUAUUUUGCAAUGAACUUGUUUCUCAAUGAAUUCUAAAUAACAUGAAAAGAUUUUGGAAACUCAAUUUACAAAAUUUGUGCCUUUUAAAGUUUCAAUUAUUGUUUAUUUCAUUCUGUUUUUCAUUAAACAUUUUUUUUACUAUAUAGGUUUAAAUUUGGUGCUUAAUAUGCUACUUUAUAUAUUUCUAUCAAUACUUUUUACCUUGCCAUAAUUUUGGUUUUAUAUUUUGUAGAGAUGUAUUCAGUCAUUCCUUGUGCUACUUUAAAGCAUGUUUGACAGUUACUUAGUGAUAUUUUAGAAAAACUGAACAACGGUCUCUUAUUCAAUUUAGUUCAGUUUUUAUUAUACUUUGCAUAUACUACAUUUCCUUCUAUUAUGUAUAAUUGUUACAUAUUUACUAGCAAAAUUCCUGUGGUAUUCAGCCCGAUAGUGUUCUUGCACGAAAUAGAAAAAAGUAAUGUAUUGCAUCAAAAAUUUUGUUUGAGUACCUGGAUGGAUAUAAAUAAUUCUGUUAAUUUAUUAGGAAUGUUAGGUUCAUAAUUGCAAAUGCUUAAAUUUGGCUGCAUGUCAAGAAUCCAUGUAGUUUUUAUUGUCUCACCUGCAUAGCAGAGUGAGACUAUAGGCGCCGCUUUUCCGGCGGCGGCGG